AUGAUGGUUCUACACCAUCUCUGGUCCACCCUCUGGGUUCGUUACCCACUGCCUUCCUCACUCUACAUUUACCGGAUUGUCAUGCUCCUUCUGAUGCUCCUCUUCUACGGCGUCUACGCUAAUAAGGAUGUCUACGAUGAUAACGCGGUGUUCUACAGAAAAGGUGAGGGCAGUCAGCUACUUCGAUGCGUCGCUCGACUUCGAUUUUCAGUGUCGCCGAAUAUCACAGGAUCUCUUGUGGGUUUGAGAUGCAACGAGACUUCCCGAAAAGUCUGGGAAAAGGACGUGCCCAACCAGAUCGUCUCAUCUGAGAAACCAUUAUUGUUCGCCUGCAAAGAAAUUUAUUCAGCGCCUUGGUGGCCACCGAGCUGGGACAGAUUAGUUUCAGGUUGCCGAAAGCUGGACCCGUCUUCAUCUUCGUUGUCGUCGGCGAAUAGUUCCACCUCUUAUAACAGAACUGGUUCCGAGAACUGUUACUGUCUGAAACCUUCGGGUAACAACUGUUACUGCCUCGUGCGUCACCGGUUACACGUUAAUGAGAUCAUGAACUGUUUGUGUGAAGACUUUAGUUUCCCAGGCAGAAGCAUCUCAAGCAGCGAUAGUAGCUAUUUCUCUGGCAGUGAUUGCAUCUGCGAGCCAAGUAGUAGCAGCAGUUCAAGUAGCAGUAUCUCAAGUGACAGCAGUUACUCCCCAAGCACUGACUGCAUCUGUGAGCCAAGAAGCACUAGUAGUAGCAGCAGCAGCAGCAGCAGCUCGAGUAGCAGUAUCUCAAGUGAUAGCAAUUACUCCCCAAGUAUUGAUUGCAUCUGUGAACCAAGAAGCAAUAGUAGCAGUAGUAGCAGCAGCAGCAGCUCGAGUAGCAGUAUCUCAAGUGAUAGCAAUUACUCCCCAAGUAUUGAUUGCAUCUGUGAACCAAGAAGCAAUAGUAGUAGUAGUAGCAGCAGCAGCAGCUCGAGUAGCAGUAUCUCAAGUGGCAGCAGAUCCAGCAGUUUCUCUUCAAGCUCUAGCUCUUCAACAAAUUCCUGCAGCUCAUCCCCCUCAUUAUCUAGCACAUCCAGAAGUUCUUCCAGCUCUUCCUUAUCGUAUUCAAGUAGCAUUUCGUCAGAAAAAUUAAGCAGUUCUCCCUCAUCAAGUUCGAACAGUUCUUUCUCAUUAGCUUCCAGUAGUUCUUCCUCAAUAAGUUUCAGUCGCUCUUCCUCAUCAAGUUCUUGCAUUUCCUCCCUACUGAGUUCCAGUAGUUCUCUUUCCAGUAGUUCCACAUCAUUAAGUUCCAAUAGUUCCACAUCAAUAAGUUCCAGUAGUUCCACAUCAGUGAGUUCCAGUAGUUCAACUGCAUUAAGUUCCAGUAGUUCCACUGUGGAAAGUUCCAGGAGAUCCACAUCAGUAAGUUUCAUAAGUUUCAGUAGUUCCACAUCAACAAGUUUCAGUAGUUCAACUGCAGUAAGUUCCAGUAGUUCCACAUUAAUAAGUUCCAGUAGUUCCAUAUCAGUAAGUUCCAGUAGUUCCACAUCAGUAAGUUCCAGUAGUUCCACUGCAGUAAGUUCCAGUAGUUCCACAUCAGUGAGUUCCAGUAGUUCAACUGCAUUAAGUUCCAGUAGUUUCACUGUGGAAAGUUCCAGGAGUUCCACAUCAGUAAGUUCCAGUAGUUCUGCUGCAGUAAGUUCCAGCAGUUCCACAUCAGUAAGUUCCAGUAGCUUCACAGCAGUAAGUUCCAGCAGUUCCACAUCAGUAAGUUCCAGUAGUUCUGCUGCAGUAAGUUCCAGCAGUUCCACAUCAGUAAGUUCCAGUAGUUCACAGCAUUCCACGUCAGUAAGUUUCAGUAGUUCAUCUGCAGUAAGUUCCAGUAGUUCAACUGCAGUAAGCUCCAGUAGUUCCACAUCAGUAAGUUCCAGUAGUUCAACUGCAGUAAGCUCCAGUAGCUCCACUGCAGUAAGUUCCAGUAGUUCUACAUCAGUAAGUUCCAGUAGAUCCAUAUCAGUAAGUUCCAGUAGUUCCACUGCAGUAAGUUCCAGUAGUUCCACUGCAGUAAGUUCCAGUAGUUCCACUGCAGUAAGUUCCAGUAGUUCCACUGCAGUAAGUAUAUGA